GAGUGGAGAAGUGUUGGUUGUGGUAGAUAUUAUGAUACCGAUUGAAACUGUGUAGUUUACAUUGAAAAUGUAACCUUAAACAAGCCGAAAAUGUUAUAUAUACUUAUAUUAUAUAGAAUUUUUGUUGAAGCAGUGUUUUUUACAUUUUGAUUAGAGAAGUGUUAUUCUAAUAAUACCGUACAGAGUGAUUUUUAACUAUAAUUUUCUAAUACAUAGUGAAUAGAGCUAUAAAACUCCAUCAACGGACCUUUAGUAUCUAUAGUUAAUUUAAAAUUGUGAUUUUUGACACUGGAUGGAUAUAUUUUUUAAAUAUAUAUAAUGUCGUCGAACAUCGAGUACGACCUGGAUACGUCUGGAGGUUUGAUGGACAAAAUUCGUGCUCUGAUAGCACCUCCUGUUAGUGACGAUGGAAAAGUAAAAAAAAAAGAAGGUUUGGACCUCCACCCAUAUUUCAAAAGGCCAGGCAAGGGUCAUAAUCACGACUCUUGCGACUCUUGCAAGGAAGGAGGUGAUUUAUUGUGUUGUGAUAGAUGUCCAGCCUCUUUUCACUUCAUUUGCCACAACCCUCCCCUCGACGAGAAUGAUAUACCAUUGGGAGAAUGGAUUUGUCAUAGUUGCAGAGUCAAAGAGAAUAGACAGUUACUUGAGGAUAAGAUCAAAGAAGAAGUAAAAGACACCAGUACAGAAUCGCUAGUAGUAGAUAAACCUAACGAAGAUGGAAGAGACGAUGAUGAUUAUAUGGAUUUUGACUUAGACCUACCGAGCACUAGCAGUGGACUGACAAAUGAAAGAGACAGAAGAGCUAAAGGCAGAGCCGCCCGGAAACUGAUGACUAAUAAUAACAGAAAACCUUCUCAUAAAAUUAAAGAAGUCUUCGACCAAUUAAUCCAAACUGGAGAAUUAAUGAAUCCAGUGACUUUUGAUCCUCCAAUGGAGUAUAAGUUGAAAGUUUUGUUACCAGGUGAUGACAAAGUUCAGGCACCAGGAAAACUUGGAGUUCGUAGAACCUCUUCGUCAAAGAAGAAGCCACACGAGCUUGAUCACCAAGGGCUUGUUCCACUUCCAGCGAAGUUGUGUUUUACAUGUGGAAGAAGCUGCAAAAAGGCUCCAUUGAUUGCAUGUGACUAUUGUUCACUCUUCUAUCACAUGGACUGUUUAGACCCACCGCUCACAUUUCCUCCGAAAGGCAUGUGGAUGUGCCCUUCACACUGCCAGCACUAUUUGGACAACGUAUUGUGGAAAGGGGCAAGCUUCACAGAGCGGCUAGCACUGUGGGAUAAAUAUGCCCUGAAUAAUCCCGAUGAAAGAACAAUCAAGCUCGACUUCCUGCGAAAAUCGUACAGCAGGAAAUACCAUCCAUACAAGAUAAGAUCUUCUUCAGGAGUAAAGAUUCCUGUAAAGGUCCCAGAUCUGGUGAAAUCCUACUAUAAACAGCGACCACGUAGAGAUCGCUCUCACAGAGACCUGCUGAAAGCCAUCGCUUAUUACGAUCGGGAAGAAGCGCUAAAACAGGAAGCCUCGAAAACAGCACCUGUACAACACUUGGCAUCAGCAGAAGACCAGGAACUGGCUCUGUCAGUUUUUCUGAAGAUGCAAGUGGAAGGAGUGGAGAGAAUCCUGAAUUUGAGGGAAAAAAGUCAAUCUCAGAGUGUCACCAAAAUUAAAGAAGAAACCAUAACAAGCGGUUGUAUAGAAGAGUUAAUAGAAAAUAGUGAUGGCACCUUCUGUGAUAAAAACGACAAGGUCCCAUCAGAAAGUAAGAUCGAUCAGCUAGCAUCUGUAGCCAACCAGGAACUCGAGACCUUUAACCAAACAAAUGGAGAUAUUGAGAUAGAAACAGUGUCAAUUGACUGGAAUGCUUUAGACAUUGUCGGAGAUAUUCAGGCAUUAUCGAAAUGCAAUAAUGUGGAGAGCGAAGAGAUAUGGACUGAAAAGGAAUUAAAGACUGAUCCAAAUAACAAGCUCAAGGUGGAACCCAACAAAGAUAACUCCAAAUUAGAAUCUCUACAUAACAAUGAAGACAAAGUUAUUAUUAACAGUCACAGGGUAGAUGAUAAGGAAGAUGUAGAAUUCUGCAGCGAAGAAAAUGUAAACCAUGCAGAAUCCACUGAUAAUAACAGGCAGGAACUUGGUGUAAUCAAAGACAGUUUAACAAUGAAUAUGUUGCACGACACAAAGAGUUAUUCAGAUUUAGACAAAAUUCUUGAUACCUUGGACCCCAGUGUUGUUCGCCUGCUCGCCAUGCAGCAACUGGGCCAAAUUAAGAAGCAAUUGAGCGAGGAUAAAAGUCACAAAAAGACCAAUUCAACAGAUGAAUUAACAAACGGUCCAGUGUUAUCAAACAAAUCAACACAGCCAGCAGAUGUAUCAAAACAUUCAUUACAGCCAGCAGAUGUAUCAAAACAUUCAUUACAGCCAGCAGAUAUAUCAAAACAUUCAUUACAGCCAGUGGAUAUAUUAAAACAUUCAAUAGGUGCCUCUAGUGAACAGUUAGUGUCUCACAAAGAAAAGAAUGAUUUGCUUCAAGUGGACACGUCUCAUAUCUCAGAGAAUUGUAGAUUAGAAAGUGCUUCUCCAAAGCAAACGAAUGAUUUACGAUAUGAAUUCAAAGCUACUAAACUUACGAGAGCAGCUCUUAUACCUUGUCAUCAAGAUUUAGUAAAUUGUGGGAUGAUCCCUGUCAAUAAAGGAUGCUUCCGCAUCGGGAAAGGUCUGUCCUGUGACUUGUGUCUGUAUGAAGUGACCAGUUGUAGUCUAAUCUCGGAAGAUCAUGCUAUCAUCACAUAUGAUCAGAAAUUCCGCAAGUUUACUCUAGUCAAUUUCAGUGAAUAUGGUACAACAGUAGACUGCCUAGAUUACGGUCUAGCAGUACAAAAAGCUAAAACUACAAACUUGCCAAGUAAACUAGGAAGACAAAUUGAUGAAAUAGAAACGUUACAAAACAGAAGGAAAAAGAUUCGGCACAUAUCUCCGAUUAACGUGGAAACAGAUAACCCAUGCCUUACAGUGAAUAAAAGGUGCAAGUGCGACAAGACGAUGCCCCGAACAUUUAACGAAGGGCCUGCUAUAUUAAAACACGGCUCUAGAAUUACUAUCGGAUGUGUUACGUUCAUCUUCAGUGUCCACAUCUCACAGUUAAAUGAACACAAACAAAAACAUCAAAAAGUGACGAAGGAAACUCCUUCGUCGAAGUCAUCCUCCUAGUGUUUUUCUCAGACAUGUAAAAAGAAUGAGAUUGCCGAGCACAACCUUUGUGCCUUACCAUUACUAUGCAAUUUGUGUAGUGUAAUUGAGAAAUUAACUACAUUGUUUUUAUUUAGUACAGUUCUGUUUCAAACAAGUUCCAUUUGUAUCUUGAUGUGUGGACCUUAAAACUUAUCAAUUAUUUGUUUUUGGGAGUUUAUUUCUAAAGUAAUGAGUGAGAGAAUUGUAAAGUUUUACUGUUAGUGAUUACUUUGUAAUUGUUUUUAGUUCACUCUUUGUAAAUAGUGAAAGUUUAAUUUUAAUUUUUAAUUAUUCAUUAUUGAAUUUUACUGAUACGUCUAUCUGGUAAGUCCUUCUCUUUUGUAAGAUGUGAAAGAUUAACUUGUUACCUUUAUUAGGUUGGAAAAUUGAAUAUAAAAACCUUGUUUAGGUCA